GACACCUGACAGGUCAGAGUCCAACUUUUAAUUUUUAUUUUCUACAAGUUUCUAAAUAAAUUUUUCGACUUCUAAUUAAAAAAUAUAUUUGGUUGUAAGUUUAGUUAUCCACUGCAGCAUAAAUCGGUGUUACUAAGGAAGGAGUCAUGGCAUCACAAGUCGCAAAAUCUUUAGUAAAAGCGGCUCGCCCUACUUCCACCGCUAAAUUCGACUCAGCUCGCCGAGCGAUCAGUGUUGGUGCAGCCCUACAUCAGAAGAAAACCCUUACAGACCGUACAGGCAAGAAUGUGGUGCUGGUGGAUGGAGUCAGGACCCCAUUCCUCGUGUCUUUCACUGAUUACGCCAAGAUGAUGCCGCAUGAACUAGCCAGAAAUUCAUUGCUAGGUCUGCUCCAAAAGACAGGCAUACAAAAGGAGCUGAUUGACUAUAUUGUCUACGGAACCGUCAUCCAGGAGGUGAAAACAUCGAACAUCGGGCGCGAGGCGGCGCUGGCGGCCGGGUUCAGCGACCGCACUCCCGCGCACACUGUCACCAUGGCGUGCAUAUCUUCCAACCAGGCCAUCACCACUGGUAUAGGCAUGAUAGCCGCGGGUGCUUACGAAAUCAUCGUUGCCGGCGGUGUGGAGUUCAUGUCCGACGUGCCGAUCCGACACUCGCGCAAGAUGCGAUCCCUACUGCUGAGGUUGAACCGCGCCAAGACUCCCGGACAGAGGCUCUCGUUGCUGGCUAGCAUUAGACCUGACUACUUUGCGCCCGAGUUGCCGGCGGUGGCGGAGUUCUCGUCGGGGGAGACUAUGGGCCAUAGCGCGGACCGCCUGGCCGCCGCGUUCGGCGCGUCGCGCAAGGAGCAAGACGACUAUGCGCUGAGGUCACACACGCUUGCUCACGAGGCGCAACAGAAGGGCUACUUCACCGACCUCAUACCCGUCAAAGUGGAGGGUAAGGAUGCACUGGUGGAGCGCGACAACGGCAUCCGCGUGUCGGCGCCCGAGCAACUCGCCAAGCUUCGGCCCGCCUUCAUCAAGCCGCACGGCACCGUCACCGCGGCCAACGCCUCGUUCUUGACUGACGGCGCGUCCGCCUGCCUGGUGAUGUCCGAGGCAAAGGCCAAGGAAUUGGGCCUAAAGCCCAAGGCGUACCUGCGUGACUUCACCUACGUGGCACAGGACCCCGUGGACCAGCUUCUGCUCGGGCCGGCGUACGGCAUCCCCAAGAUUUUGGACAAAGCGGGCCUGAAACUCAGCGACAUCGACUCGUGGGAGAUACACGAGGCCUUCGCAGGUCAGAUCUUGGCCAACUUGAAGGCUUUGGACUCUGACUGGUUCGGCCAAACUUAUCUCGGCCGCCAGGCGAAGGUUGGUUCACCGGAUCUGGCCAAAUGGAACAAGUGGGGCGGCUCUUUGUCCAUCGGACAUCCGUUUGCCGCUACCGGGGUCCGCCUGGCGAUGCACACCGCCAACCGCCUGGUGCGGGAGGACGGCCAGAUUGGGAUCAUCUCCGCCUGCGCGGCCGGCGGGCAGGGCGUGGCCAUGCUUUUGGAGAGGCACCCCGACGCGACCCCCAACUGAUACGCCCCCCACCGCCACUACAUAGCCCCAAGUUCCCAACUUAACAAACAUGCUGGCGGAGUUACGUUGAUUUGUCAGUUGAGUAUCAACACACGCUGUCUCGUCAGUUAAGUGUCAAAUUAUGACGUUUUGGCAAAUUAGUGUCAAGUUAUUAUGGAGGGUUGUGGUAAGGAGAGUCAUCUGUGUAUAUGAAAAAGUGUCGUCAAAAUGUAUUAAAUUAGGAUGGCGCCACAUUUGCAUCAGGGUAACUCUUAAAAGAAGCGCCAAAUAUAAAUAUUGUUA